ACUACGGCGGCCACGUGUUUUGUGACUGGUUUGAGAAGCAGGAAGUGUUUGCGGGGGCUGCUGGGAGCUGUAGUUCGUAAUAUGACUGUGUGUGAAGUACGUCUCCCAGCUGUGCCCGCAUCCUCCUGACGGGUGAGAGGCGCCACGGUGCCCGGUUCUCUCCACAGAGCAGAUGUCUCGGCUGAAGGCGGAUGAGGAGGAUUAUUGGCAUGGCUCCAAGUGUAAGGCCUUCACCUUCGAGGAUGAGGACGAGGACGGAUUAUCCCAGCUGAAGGAGUCUAAGCGCGCAGUGAACAGUAUAAAGGCCUUUGUGGACGAGGAGGAUGAGGAGGAGUGGGAGAAGUUCACCUGGAGUGGAGAACCUGUUGGAAGUAUAUCUGGUCCAUCCAGGAGACGGCCAACUCCCGGGGCCCUGGGGCCAGGAGUCUUGCUGCAGACAAGUCGCGGCCGGCGGACAUCUCGUCCUACUCCUUCCCCCGACCUGGUGGCUUUAGCAGCUUAUUCAGAGACGUUGCUCACAUCUCGUUCUGCGCUUUUAUUGCAGGAUUACAGCGGAGACUGGAGCAUCGAGGAGUCAGUGCGGAGGAUGCAGAGAGGCAAGAUGUGCUCCAUGGAGAGGUUCCGCUCACUGAAGGACAAACUGCAGCUCCUGGAUGAGGCCGUACGACUCCAUGACGGCAACGUGAUCACGGCGGUGCUGAUCUUCCUGAAGAGGACACUACGUUCUGACAUCCUCUUCCGGGAGCUGAAGACCAGACAAGUCGCCUUGAGACAUUUCAUCCAUUUUCUGAAGGAGACGUCUGAGCAGCAGCAACUGAUGGAGCUUCUCAGGUGAGAGGAGG